GAGAAGCACUUCCAAAUCCAACGAGCGUGCAGUGUCAAGGGGUCAGCUUUACCCGAAUACAAAGUUCAUUGAAUGGCUUUUUGAGAAACAAUUAUUCAGACCUAUUGUUAGUCCCCUGAUGAUUACCUUAACCUGCGUAAGAAGCAAUGCAAAUUUUCAACGCACUUCUCGUUGUGCGGGGCAAUAUCUGUUGGUGCUCACGCAGAACUAUUUUCGCGGCGAUAGCUCGUAUCCGCAAACUGACGGUGAAGAGUGGUGCUCUGUCGCGCCUCUGCAUACCACUUCCCUGACCACAUCCUUUUUCAGGUACCUGAUCGGCAAAUUCGCUGGCUUAAAGAUCCUAACCUUUCAGGAGAACUUCAGUAUCGAUUACGAGCUAGCAAUGAACUAUAGUAUGGCAUGUAAGGAGUGUCCGGACUAUCUAUACGACUACGACAACCUAAGGGACCACUGGCAGCGCUUCUGUCUGAACAUGGAGCCCACCGCUGGCCUUCAGGCAAAGAGCUUCUUUAAAACAGUGUUUAAUCAGCACCUGAAGUCUAACGUGUUUGUCACCGCGUUUGAUUGUAGCAAUGUGGCGAAGCUGUUUGUUGAUUAUAACGUGUAUUGUAAGAUAAAGGAGAAGCUUGAAAGAAGAGUUGGACUUAAAGUACCACAAGAAGCUCCCGUCAGAAUAACAAAACGGCGUCUACCGUGCGUCAAACACAUGUUUGCUUCAAACAAGGACAUGGAGAAAUGCAUUGAAAACCUCAAACGGAAAAACGAGGAGAUUGCUUUCCAAAUGGAAGUGAGGGGUAUACGAUUGUUUCAAACAAUUCAGAGCAAUCUUGCCGAACAGGCUCGGAAAGUUCUCGCUCUGGAUCUUGAGCUUUACGAAGAUGACCCGACAAGAAUACUCGAGAUCGGGUUCACGCUAUUUCGGAUGCAUGCGUCAAUCGAACAAGGAUGCCAUGUGUUCAAGUGUCGUCACAUCAUUAUCAAGGAAAAUCAGCAUUUGUUUAAUAAAGACAUAUUCCCAGACAACAGAAAUAAGUUCAAUUUUGGAACAACACAAUUUCUUUGCUUCUCAAGGGCGAAAAGUACACUUAAAGCCGUCUUAAGUGAAGCUGAAAUCAUCACCGCCCACUCAGCAGCGAACUUAACAGACUAUUUACGCGAGCGUGGGGUGGAUCUACCAGAUAUUGUAGAUACUAGGUUGCUCUAUUUGGCUGCCUUCCCCAGCGCCAAGCACCAGCAAAACUUGGCGAGAAUUCUUAAUGAACUCCACAUUAAACAUGAUUAUAAUAAUAAUUUUCUCUCCGAUCAACUCCAUAAUGCGGGCAACGAUGCCUACUAUACAAUGGAGAUCUUCAAAGAGCUCGUCUGGAAGGGUUUACCCAGUGGAACCUAGAAAACUUUGUCUUGGGAAAAUUAGACUUUCUUCUAUCCAAGAAACUCCAUAAUACUGUCAGCGAUACUUUUUGCACUAUUGAAAUCUUCAAGGAGCUCUUCUGGAAGGUUUUACCCAGUAAAACUAGCUGUCCAAUAGACAACUUGAAAACCAAGACAAUAUAGUGGCAAAAUGGACAUUUUCGAGCUACAUUUAUCUUCUUGCUUCUCACGCUGAAUAGUCUUUGAACAAAAAUAACAUCGCGAAAAUUCAAAACUAUUGCCACCAAUAAAACGGCCGUUUUCAAUAUUCUGCGAAUUAUAACCGACGAUUUCCAACAGCUAAAUCGCCUCAUUCAAUAUUCUUGAAGCGGAUCAUUGCCUAGCACUGAAAUGGUUUCCAAUCACGCCACCUCUACGCAAGGCGCUGACCAACCAAAAACCAUCAAAUGUAAUUCCGUUUGUUUGAAUGACGGAAGCCAGAAAGGGGUUUAGCAGUUUUUGACAAGAGUUCGCAAAAUAUUAAAAAUUGCAG